CGGCAUUUCCGGGACGGGCGGGUUCUAGUCGCUCUAAGAGACAGCGCUACUCUCACUGGCCUCGAAGGUGCUCGUUCUGCGCGCGCGGCUCGAGCAGAGUUGACUAUAUAUGGUCAAAGCCAGGGGGAGAGAAGGAAAAGCGGUGCGAGCGGGCGCUUCCUGGUUUGUGCAGUUGGGAGUCGACGUCGCUGCUGCUGCGGCGGGAGGGGAUUUGUAACCCUGUCUGUUGGAUUGUUUCCUCCCCACCUCCCUCUCCACUCCACGGCAGUCCCUUUCGCAGGACGAAUAGCUCAGCAGCAGCAGCAGCAGUAGUAGUAACAAGUGGAGGUGAAGAUGCCUUAUGAGCUGAAAAAAGUGUUUGCCAGCCUCCCACAGGUUGAAAGAGGUGUAUCCAAAAUAAUUGGGGGAGACCCAAAGGGCAACAACUUUCUCUAUACAAACGGGAAAUGCGUCAUCAUUCGAAAUAUUGAUAAUCCAGCAAUUGCCGACAUCUACACUGAACAUGCCCAUCAAGUUGUGGUUGCCAAAUAUGCUCCCAGUGGCUUCUACAUUGCAUCUGGAGAUGUCUCUGGAAAACUUAGAAUCUGGGAUACCACACAGAAGGAACAUCUAUUGAAGUAUGAAUAUCAGCCAUUUGCAGGAAGAAUAAAAGACAUCGCAUGGACUGAAGACAGCAAGAGGCUUGCUGCUGUUGGGGAAGGAAGGGAGAAAUUUGGAGCAGUGUUUCUGUGGGAUACUGGUUCUUCAGUAGGCGAGAUCACUGGCCAUAACAAAGUGAUUAAUAGUGUGGAUAUUAAACAGACAAGACCCUACCGCCUAGCAACCGGCAGUGAUGAUAAUUGUGCUGCUUUCUUUGAGGGACCACCAUUCAAAUUCAAGUUUACAAUAAGCGACCAUGGCCGUUUUGUCAACUGUGUUCGUUUUUCUCCUGAUGGAAAUAGGUUUGCUACAGCCAGUGCAGAUGGCCAGAUUCUUAUUUAUGAUGGGAAAACUGGAGAGAAAGUUGGUUGUCUAGGUGGAAACAAGGCUCAUGAUGGGGGCAUUUAUGCAAUUAGUUGGAGUCCAGAUGGCAGUCACUUACUUUCUGCUUCUGGAGAUAAAACGGCGAAGAUUUGGGACGUUGGUGCCAAUAGCAUAGUGAAUACAUUUAACAUGGGAUCAGAUGUUCUGGAUCAACAGUUGGGCUGCCUGUGGCAAAAGGACCACUUGUUGACUCUUUCUCUUUCUGGCUACAUCAACUAUCUGGAUAAGAACAACCCAGAUAAACCCCUUCGCGUGAUAAAGGGUCACAGUAAAUCAAUACAGUGUCUUACAGUGCAUAAAAACGGGGGGAAAUCCUAUAUCUACUCUGGGAGCCAUGAUGGGCAUAUUAAUAUCUGGGAUUCUGAGACUGGGGAAAACGAUAGCUUUUCUGGGAAAGGGCACACAAACCAGGUUUCACGAAUGGCUGUGGAUGAAUCGGAGCAGCUGGUCAGCUGUAGCAUGGAUGAUACUGUACGUUACACCAGUCUUAGCAAAAAAGACUACAGUGGCCAAGAUGUUGUAAAAAUGGAUAUUCAGCCAAAAUGUUUAGCAGUUGGACCAGGUGGUUAUGCCGUGAUCAUAUGCAUUGGAGCGAUUGUCUUGAUGAAGGAUAAGAAAAAGUGCUUUACAAUUGAUGAUCCUGGUUUUGAACCAGAAGUUGUAGCAGUUCAUCCAGGAGGUGGUAUGGCAGCCAUUGGAAGCACAGAUGGAAAAGUAUACCUGUAUGCAAUCCAGGGAACGUCUUUAAAAAGAGAUGAAAAGACUUUGGAAGCAAAAGGUCCUGUGACUGACCUGGCCUACUCUCAUGACGGUGCCUUCCUUGCUGUGACAGAUGCAAGCAAGGCUGUCACUGUGUUUAGUGUUGCUGAUGGCUAUGCGGAACACAAUAUAUUCUAUGGACACCAUGCAAAAAUUGUUUGCAUUGCCUGGUCACCAGACAAUGAACACUUUGCUUCUGGGGGCAUGGACAUGAUGGUGUAUGUUUGGACACUGAGUGACCCAGAGACCAGAGUCAAGCUACCAGAUGCCCACAGAUUACAUCAUGUGAGCAGCUUGGCAUGGCUGGAUGAACAUACCUUGGUAACGACAUCACACGACGCAUCUGUCAAAGAGUGGUCUAUUUCCUACAAAUGAAAUGCCUUCAAUUGGGAGAACCUCAUCAGGGACUAGAACUACUGGAGUGAACAAUAGCAUUUCUCUUUCUUAAUCAACGAAUAAAUCUGUAAUGACCUCUGGGGUCUUAUAGCGCAUUCUCAUAUCUUUGCAGAGGUGUUCAUAUCUGUAACUAAACGACCUUUGAAAAGCUUUAGUCAGUAACGUUUUGCACAUGAGAAGCACUUAAAUUAUGUCUGGAGCUUGCAAAACCUUUUGUGUGCUGAACAUUCCAGAGUCUGCAUCCUAGCAGGUCGGUAUAGAAGAAGUAAAACUGAUUUGGCUUCUCUUUAAUCUCUCUCUCUCUUUCUCUAGCACACACUUACAUACACUCUUGCACGUGGUAUUGUACAGCAUGAGAGAAUUCUCAUUUUUUCUAAUUGCAGAACAUUUCUGUACUAACAGUCAUAGUAAGAAUACUAGUUGUGAUCCAAAAAUGAAUCAAGUGGUGUGCAGCUACUGUAUAUUAUUACUUUGCUUGUCUGUAAUGCACCAAACCGUUGGCUUGGAUUUCCUUCACCAGAUAAUGAAAUGGGGUACAUCCAUAAUAAUAAACUUUUUCUGUAUUUCCUGUCCAGAUUUGUGGUUAUUUUUAAGAUAGAAAUGUGGGGUUUUGAUGUACUUUGCUGUUCUUCAGAAUUUAAAGUUUACAGAGAAAUGUUACGGCAUUUUUUCCAGAUAUACCUUUGUUAUCUUUUUGAACAAAUGAGAAUAUUUGAUCAUGGUUAUGCUGUCAGGAAAAGGCUGCUUCUAAUCUGCUUUAAAUACCUGUUUCCUAAGGAGAAAUAUGUUGAUGUAAGAAUUUGCAGUAAUUAUAAAAACGCCUUUUUUCAGUACAGAAAUUAAAGUAAAAUUAAGCAUUA